UGUAAAAGUAUACUCUAAAAUAAUUUGUUAAAGAACAGGACUGUUUAAAUGUGCUGCAAAGGAUUAUUCAAAAUUAUUUAAACAAAACAAUAUGACGUCCAUUAAUAUCCACAGAUUUUGAAAAACUUGAAUUAAAUAUGCAAUUUAAACCAAUACUUUUAUAAUGAUCUGUCAAAUAAGUAAAUUUGUGACAUUGAUCAGGUGACAUGUACAGAUGGUCACACCUUCCUAGACUGAAGCUCAAGAUGCUCUGUGGAUCAUCUCAAAUCAUGCUGGAGAAUAUAAUCAUAAAAUUGUGUGCUGAUAAAACAAAAAAACUUCAAACCAAAUGCUAACACUUUCUGAAAUACUCGCUAAAAUAGUUAUAAAUAAAUAAAUAAAAUAAAUAAAAAUGCUAAAUUUGUGCUGAAUGCUGAAAACUAAUGUGCAUGAUAUGUCACACUACCCAAAAUCCAAAUGAAUGCAUUUACUAUAUUUCAGAAGGAGAUCUCAAAGAACGGCUGCAUAACUUCAGUCAAGUUCUUACGCACAGAUCCAGACGUCAAGGUGUGGCUUAUGUAACAGAAGCAGCACACUCAUGUGAUUCUUCCUUGAUCUGAUGAAAUCAAAAGGAAAUGAAAUCUAUCAGGACUUUUUGCGGCUGUCAUCUAUCACAGUGCUUUAUACAGUAUGUGAUUUCAAAUACUGAAAUACUCAGCAUUAAAGAACUAUACUACAAUAUUACUGCUAUAUCAUACAUUCCUGUAAUUGUGUUAGAGGCCCAUAGGAAAUGUUACUGUUCUGUAACUGCAUGUGUGUGAGAUUUGUAGGAAGGAGAGUGGGUGUCAGUAGCUUUUAUUCCUGUUCCACAUUCAUGUGUGUGAAGUGAAUCUUUGUAUCGCCUGAGGAAAGAGUGGAGUUAUCAGAGACGUGCAGCCUUUCCUAUACUUCCUGCAAAAAACAUCCGAGGAGCCUCAGCCCAAUCCUGCCAGGAAGAAGGGCAGGAAGUUGGGCUGAGAUCAUGGGAAGUAAAUUACGAAGCCAAAAGGUCAUAGUAUGAAGACAGGUCUAGUGAAGGUUUCUGGAGACGGUAACAGUGCUAGAUUAAAGAAAUGAUAGUGGUUGUAUGGAUUUGUGUGUGUGUGUGUGUAAGUGGGAAUAUGUGGGAGUUGAUUUUUUAUUUAAAAUUGAUGGUAUUAUGAAGGCUUUUGUAUUCCUUCAUUAAGGCUGCCAUCAUUUUCAUUGUGACUGCAACAUGCUUUGAUACAUGCAUUAUCCAACACCAUGCAUAAAUAAAAUCUCUUAUUUAUUUAAUCAAAGGACAUAUGAUCUCUUGUUGCUACAUUUUAUCCAUCUUAAAUUUACAGUGGCAUUUGAACAGGCUUUAUCGAGUAACAGUAGGAAUGACAGAGAUGUUGAUUACAACCAGAAUGAUUUAUUUAAGCGUAGCCUCACCUGAGGUGUUAAUAGAGACAUGGGAGAUUGGUCGAGAUACUGAACUCUGGCUGCUUAUUGGUGGAGGUCUUCGAACGAUGCUUUUAGUUGGUUGAGAUGGUUUGAGAUGGUCUGGAGACCUUCCGGCUGUAAUCUCCCCCCGGUUUUCCUGCUCUGGAAUAUUCAGCAUCAGGGUUGGGCUUCAAGUGUCCUGAAGUCUCAGACCUUGGAGGGAGUGCUGGGACAUUCAACCCUGCUGUUUUACAAAAACAAAGCAUGCAUUGUGGAAUACUGGAAAAAAUUAUUGGAAUAAAGACGGAAAGCUCUGAAAAGUUCGAAAUAUCUGUGAAUGUACAGGAACAUCACAUGGGAAGUCCAGGUCAAAGGGUUGUGAGGCCGGCGUGUUGAGCAGAACGCACACACACUCACACACACACACACACUCUCCCGGAGCAUGCCUAUCAGUCCACCUGCCAACGGCAAACAUGAGGCUCUCGAACGGCCACGGCAACAACACACCCCUACCAACGGUAACCACGGAGAUGACAGCAUUCGGGCCUCUCCUGGGACUAAAUCUACCUCCGAACCUAUGGAGGAUCUCCACGGAAAUGCAGUUGUCAUCCGCAUCGGAAUCCCUGAUCUGCAGCAAACGAAAUGCCUGCGAUUGGACCUUGAGGCUCCAGUGUGGGUUUGUAAGCAGCGAGUUCUGGUCAAUCUGACACAAAGCCUGACCGAUGUGCUUAACUAUGGCCUCUACCUCCCUGCCUUUAACGGGCGCGCCGGAAAGUUCCUUGAUGAGGAGAGAUUGCUCAGGGAGUAUCCAUUCCCUACAGUCACACCUGUACCAUACCUAGAGUUCCGUUACAAGAGGCGUGUUUACACUCAGAGCCAUGUAGAUGACAAGCAACUGGCCAAACUACAUACCAAGGCCAAUCUAAAGAAGUUUAUGGAGUAUGUUCAACAAAGGUGUGUGGACAAGGUCUGCAGGUUCCUAGAGAAAGGGCUGGACCCCAACUUUCAUGAUGCUGAUAGUGGGGAAUCUCCUCUCACUCUCGUGGCCCAGCUGGACACUUGUGCCGAUCUGAUUAAGGUGUUGAGGAGCGGAGGAGCCCAUCUGGACUUCAGAACCAGAGACGGCCUCACGGCGCUGCACAAAGCAGUCCAAACGCACAACCAUGUAGCAUUGACUACAUUGUUGGAUUUGGGGGCGUCUCCAGACUAUAAGGACAGUCGUGGGCUCACCCCCCUCUAUCACAGUGCCAUGGUUGGGGGAGAUCCGUACUGCUGCGAGCUGCUGCUGUACGAUCACGCUCAGCUGGGCUACAGCGAUGAGAACGGCUGGCAGGAGAUCCAUCAGGCUUGUCGUCAUGGAAACGUGCAGCACCUUGAGCACCUGUUAUUCUAUGGAGCAGAGAUGAGUGCUCAGAAUGCCUCAGGAAACACAGCACUACACCUGUGUGCCCUCUACAACCAGGAAGGCUGUGCUAGAGUUCUACUGUUUCGAGGAGCAAAUAAAGAAAUCAAGAACUACAACAACCAAACAGCAUUUCAGAUUGCUAUCAUUGCAGGGAACUUUGACCUGGCAGAAAUCAUCAAGAUUCAUAAAACCUCAGAUGUUGUGCCUUUCAGGGAGACCCCUUCUUACUCGUCUCGGCGGCACGCGGUCUGCAUAUCCCCACGUCGCUCUCUGAUGCGAUCGGCCAGUGAUAAUGCUCUAGAUGAGAGUCUGCCAGCUCCCUCUCCGGCCCCCUCACUUCGCAGUCUGCCCCCGCUGGAGCCUGAUGACACCAACCCGUCCCAGCGCAGCCCCCAGGCUGCUCACACUCACACACGCAGCCUUAGGAGACACACCCGCUCAGGAGGACACCUCAGCCCUGGCAGUCCUGUACAGAGAGAGCCGAGUCCUCCUGCUGUGUCUCGAGGGCCCAAGCGACGGCUGUACAGUGCGGUGCCCGGCCGAACCUUCAUCGCUAUCAGCUCCCACAAUCCACAGGGCGAGGGUGAGAUCACACUCAACCGAGGAGAGAGGGUCAAAGUGCUAAGCAUAGGUGAAGGUGGAUUCUGGGAAGGCUCAGUUAAAGGACGAACUGGCUGGUUUCCUGCUCACUGUGUUGAGGAAGUUCAGAUGAGACAAUAUGACCCCCGACUAGAGACAAGAGAGGAUCGCACCAAGAGACUUUUCAGGCACUACACUGUUGGCUCCUAUGACAACUAUACCUCUUACAGUGAUUAUGUUAUAGAAGAAAAAAGUGCAACGUUGCAGAAGAGAGACAGCGAAGGAUUUGGCUUUGUGCUUCGGGGAGCUAAAGCUGAGACACCCAUAGAAGAGUUCACACCUACUCCUGCUUUUCCUGCCCUGCAAUACCUGGAGUCUGUGGACCUGGAAGGGGUGGCGUGGAGGGCAGGGUUAAGGACAGGAGAUUUCCUCAUAGAGGUAAAUGGGGUGAGCGUAGUAAAGGUGGGACAUAGGCAGGUGGUAUCACUGAUUCGGCAAGGUGGAAGUCGACUAGUAAUGAAGGUGGUGUCUGUCACGCGCAAGCCUGACACUGGAGAUGUCAUCCGCAAGAAAGCCCCACCUCCACCCAAGAGGGACCCAAGCACCAGCCUGACCCUGCGCUCAAAAAGCAUGACUGCAGAACUGGAGGAGCUGGCGUCAAGGAGAAGGAGGGGAGAGAAGUUGGAUGAGAUGUUGAGUUCACCCAAAGAACCGGUUGUAGUGAUGAGGCCACGUCCUGCAGAUACGGACUCCAGAGCAGCCACUGUGAAACAGAGACCAGCAAGUCGCCGCAUCACACAGGCUGAGAUCAAUGCUCUGUUAGAGAGGCAGGGUUUGCCAAUAAGUUCAGGAGUUUCCUUGGCUGUGGACAAAAGUCAUAUGCAGCUGCCUAGGGGAAUGUCAAGAACCAAGUCAUUUGGUGCUCCUGAAGAUGAAAGAAUCUCAGCCCUGAUUGGAGAGCAUCGCUUUCCAAGAAGCUCCUCGAUGACUGACAGCUUUAGACAAGAUAGUAUUCCACCCCCUCCACAAACAGCUCCUCCACCACCUCCAACUCCCUACUUUCUAGAUUCAGGGCCACCUCCAUCCUUUCUUCCACCUCCGCCCCCUUCUCGCACUGCCAACCAGAGCCGUUCAAGCUUCCGCCCAGGGGCAGAGCCCAAACUCCAUGGCCCAGUCACGACUGACCGCCAGCGAAAAACACGUUCCAUGAUCAUUCUUCAGGAUACCACCCAUUUGCCAGUGGAGCCUGCCCCUAUUGCAAGACCACAAACGCCUAACUCUGGAGUGGUUCCUACUGAACGUGGUCGUAGGCGUGGACCACCGGUGGAGAAUCCAUAUGCUAAUGUAGGUCGUUUAAGUGCUGUCUAUACUCCUAACAAGCCCCAGCGUAGAAAGAGCCCAUUAGUCAAACAAGGACCAGUUGAAGAGGGAGCAGCUCAUUCUUCUAGAGACCCCUCUCCUUUGGGAGGGUCACGGAUUCCCCACAGCAGCCGAGCAGAGCAGUUCCAACAGCAGGUUCUCUCUGAGCGAGCUAGAAUCAUUCCUCCAGGGGCCCGACGCAGGCCCAGCGUUUUUCUAUCUGUAGAAGGGGGCGCGACAGAGCCACAGACAACCCCUUUACUUUCUCAGUCUCACUCCGUGGAUGAGUUGGCAGAGUUGCCUCCACCUGCACCAAUGCUUUCCCCUGGCCCACCACCAGGGGGCACCACUUUUAUACACCCUCUAACAGGUCGACCAUUGGAUCCUUCCUCACCUCUAGCUCUUGCACUGGCUGCACGAGAACGUGCCCUUAGUGGUCGGAACACACCCACUCCUACACCUUCGCCCACACCUUCGCCCACUCAAGGUCGAGUAGUGGAAAGGCCAGAGACAGAAGGAGGAGCAACACCACCUGCUCCUCUCGUGGUACCUCCAUCUAAUUCCUGGAGAGACGAACCGGUCAGCAUCACAGAAACAGCAAGCCAAGUGACUAGCGGUAGCCCUGGGUCUGGACGAAGCCUGGAAGAGGCACUUAUCCCACCCAGCGUGCAAGGUGUCCAACCAGCACUAAUGGAUACAGAACAUACCCCACCAGCGGUCCCACCCACUCUACCUUCACCUGCCCCUACCCUGUCAAAUCUGACUGCUCGAAGUCUGACUAUGAGCUCAGAGGAGGAAGCGGAGCCUUACACAGUGACACUUCCUCCUGCGUUGCUCUCGUCCAGUGAUGAGGAAACCAGAGAAGAGCUUCGGAAGAUUGGCCUUGUGCCGCCCCCUCAACCCUUCGCUAAUGGCCUUCUAAUUAAAGAAACACCCAAAGUCACUCUAAGCAUUUCACCUAGUGGAUCACGGCCAUCUAUUGCAAAGACCUCCUCUGGGAAAGCAAGCGAUUCUGCGGCAGACUCUGGGGUUGAAGACCCACAUAUGGAGACCACAAGUACUGUUUCUACAGUCUCCAGCAUGUCCACUUUGUCUUCAGAGAGCACAGACUCUGCUCACGCUAGUAAACCACGUUCUGGGGUGGGGCGUGGUCGCCCCGCCCAUCUCAGGGAUCCACUGCUUAAACAGUCAUCAGACAGUGAGCUGCUUCCACACCCACCCAGCACAGGCCCCAGCCGUCCACGCUACCUAUUCCAAAGACGUUCCAAACUCUGGGGGGAGGAGCCCCGGACCCAAAUGAGUGGGUCUGAUGAAAGUCGGCCUGCUGCUAUGGGGGCAGAGUUGCUAAGCAAAGACACUCAUUCCCUGGGGGAGGAGCCACCAAUGGGAGCACCUCUUGACCCUGGCAGGAGAUCACCUGUGGGAGGUGCCAGAUGUGAGGAGAAUGGAGGAGAGAGUAAAUCACUCUUUAGUAGUUUAGGGGAGCUUCAUACCAUCUCUCAGCGGAGUUACGGCACCACCUUCACAAUCCGGCCUGGCAGCCGAUACCCAGUGACCCGUAGGACUCCAAGCCCUGGAGCCACACCAGAAAGGAGUGAGCCACUGGGGCCUGUCCGUUCAUUCGGCCCUCAUCACCACCAUCACACAAUCCUCAAGUCUUCUAGCCUAAGUUUGCCCCAGGAGCCCAAGGAGGUGCGUUUCGUCAUGAGGAGCGCCAGUGCUCGAGCCCGCAGCCGUUCUCCAUCCCCUUCUCCAUGCGCCUCACCCUGCCCUUCACCGGUACUGGGAGCCCCUCUCCUGGCCCUACGGCCAUUCAGACAGCGCCCCCUAGCACUGUGGAGUAAGUAUGAUGUUGGAGAGUGGCUAGAGAGUGUGGGACUAGGAGAACAUCGUGCUCGCUUUUUGGAGCAUGAGAUCGAAGGCGCCCACCUGCCUGCUCUGACCAAGAACGAUCUGGCAGAGUUGGGGGUGACACGGGUGGGGCACCGAAUGAACAUUGAACGUGCACUGAAGCAGUUGCUUGAGAGUUGAGGAGAGCCAAAAUGCAGGAUAUAGUUCCAUCACAAAAUAAAUUAAUUUUUACUAUUAAGAUUUAAAGUCAUUCCGAAGUCUAACACCAUUGAUUCCCAACCCACUUUAUUUAGCAUUGCACAGCCCUUAUAUAAGAUAGAUUUGACUCCCACAAAAUCCACCAUGUUUCUUCACUAGUUUGCCACCUACUAAGAGUAAAAAUAACAUGCUGGACAGGAGUGUGGACCUACUGCGCAAUAUCUUUUAUUUACAGCUACAGGUCCAAGAAAAUUGAACGGGCCAUGUUUUUAGAGUCUUCUGCACAAUAACAAAUGAUAUAGCCAGCAAGCAGCCAUUUCCUUCAUGUGCCAUGUUUUACAAUCAAAUGAUUAUGAUGAAGGUGUGGCAAACAUACAGACUGCUCUCACAUUAUCAGAGGAAGUUUAAGAAUAUCUUCACGGCUGAAUUUGUGUGCAUUUCCUGCUUCCAGGAGAGAGACUUCUGAAUUUUAGAAAGCAGCAUCAACUUGAGUGCAAAGGAAAAGAGAAGUGCGGAAACCUCUCCUGUAAGCAAUGCCAAUGCUUCCAAGUGCCCAUAAUUUACAGUGUGUUCACCGACCAUCUUGCAACUCAACAGUAGAUAGCCAUGUUAAUGGUGAUUAUAAGAUGUUUUGCAGCAACUUGACUUGGCAUGUGAAUGCAACAUGCCCAAGUAAGAAAGGAUCUGACAAUCUGCCCUAAACCAGGAGAAUAAAACUUGUGUGGCCUUGAGGUAAUACUGCCGCCAUCUAAAAUUUGUUAAAGAUAGAUAUUUUCAGUCACUACAUUCAAUUUUAUAUGUAUAUGAUAUAUAUGGAGUUAUAUAUU